AUGUCGUCAAGCAAAUUCGGAGAUGAGGGUAAAGCAAGAGUGGCUCAUCGAUCAUCAACUGCAUCUGACGAGAUGUUGCAAUCUUUGCAGCAUAAACGGCUUGCAUUGGCCAAGAUCGCCGCUUCCAUUGGAUCAAAAAAACCUGGUCAAACACGUAUGACAAAUUUCUUUGCGAAACAGUAUAUGAACGGGAGUUCGAAAGGACCCGAACCAAAGAGGAAAAAGAUCAUACAUAGUGAUGACGAAGAGGAUUUUAUUGUUGACGAUGAUGAUGAGGAAGAAGAAGCUGACGAAGAUUUUGUGCUCAGCGAUGAUGAAGAAGAGCGCAAGCCUAGAAAAAGGAACAACAAAAUACCUACUAUAGCUGCAAAAAAUCAUGAAGACGCGCCCACAAAUGCACUGGGUUUAGGCCAGUCUGACGUGAAUAUCGGAAAGAGCGGAACCUUGUCGGAGUCUAGUGAAGAGGAGGGAUGGCUGUGCAAACCACGGUUGAACGACACUGCUCGUCGAAUGUCCACUCGUGUUUCUGACGAUUCUCCUGUGAAAAAGAGCUCAUGCAAGAAAACUGUGGUCUCCGAUGAAAGUGAUGAAGAACCAGAGGAUCGGUUCACGUCGGCACCAACGCUGAAGAAGGUAGCUAAAGCGGCCGCAAAACAUGCGCGUAAACGUAAGGUGUCCUCUGAUUAUGAGGAAUUCAUGGAAGAUGGCAGUGAAAGAGGAUCAGAUCGCCUUUCUGAUCAGUCUGACUCUGCUGAUAGCGAUGAUGAGAAUCAUCAUGAUCGCAGUGAAGGGGAGGAUGAUGUUAUGCGAGCCUGUUUGGAUUUCUUUAACACAGCAACUCGUCAACAGCUUAUUUCUACUCCUCGGGUCACUGAGCGGAUAGCGACUAAGAUCCUGGAUCAGCGUCCAUUCGGCGCAUUCAAGGAACUGCAAGCAGCUAUAUCGGAAGUACCACGUGGUACGGGUGCGUUGAACGCAUAUAUGGAAACUCUGGAGAAUCGCGGUGUACUCGAAAAAAUUUUGGAUGAUUGCAAGGACCAUGCCCUAGCAGUUGCUGCGGAGUUUGAACAAUGCACACAGCAAAGGCUUCAGCCGAAACUUCUUGAUAACAAGUGCUCACUUCAUGAAUACCAACAUAUCGGAUUGAAUUGGCUUGUGAUGAUGUAUGAGAAAGGAUUCAAUUGUAUUCUAGGUGAUGAGAUGGGUCUGGGAAAGACCAUCCAAGUGAUUGCUUUCAUUGCCUAUUUGAAAGAAGCAAAUGUUCGUGGCCCUCAUCUCGUUGUAGUUCCCUCGUCAACUAUUGAGAACUGGAUGUCCGAGUUCAUCAAAUGGUGUCCGAAGAUCCACUUACUCACCUACUACGGAAGCCAGGAUGAGCGCAAGCAACUUAGGCACAUGGCUAAAAAGAAAAAAGAAAAUAUUGAUGUCGUGCUGACCACCUACAACAUGAUCUCAUCGAAACAUGAUGAUAAGAAGUUUUUCAAGAACUUCAGCAUGCAUUACGUAAUCUAUGACGAGGGACAUAUGCUAAAAAAUUGUGGGACUGAUCGAUAUAGGAGUCUGAUGAAAGUCAAAGGCAAAAGAAAAAUUCUAAUGACUGGGACGCCGCUGCAAAACAAUCUCAUCGAGUUGAUAUCGUUGAUGUAUUUCGUGAUGACCAAUAUAUUUACAAAGUACUGUGAGGACAUAGGACAGCUCUUACAACACUUCAAACAACAAGGUCCAGCUCUCGAGUCUGGAUCGUGUUCGAUGUAUCAAAAGGACAGGAUUGAACAGGCAAAACAGAUUUUGCAGCCGUACAUAUUACGAAGACUGAAAGCACAGGUACUUGGGCAUUUGCCGGAGAAACACGAACAAGUGAUCGAGGUGGAGAUGUUAGACGAUCAAAAAGAGUUGUAUGAGAAUGUUUUAGACAGUGUAAAGGGAUUCGAUGGUGACACAAAUAAUGCUUAUGGAGCUUUAAUUCACCUAAGACAAGCAGCAAAUCAUCCACUACUAAGACGGGUACAGUAUACGGAUUCACUAGUGGAUAAGCUGGCAAAAACGCUGUGUGCGAAGGAGAAGCCUUACGAGAAAAAACGAUGGGAAGAUGUUGCAGAAGACCUGUCAUAUCAAUCGGAUUUCCAAAUUCAUCAAAUUUGUGAGAAAUUCCGCAGUACAAAGAAAUUCCUUCUAAGCGAAGACUUAGCCUUAGAAUCUGGAAAAUGUCGGAUGUUGGACAAACUGUUACCGAAGAUCAAGGAUAAAGGCGACAAAGUGUUGAUUUUCUCACAAUUCACUUCAAUGCUGGACAUUCUGGAAGUUUAUAUGCAAAUACGAGGCUAUGCAUACAAGCGAUUGGACGGGUCAACACCAGUGAUGGAAAGGCAGGAGAUGAUCAACGAAUUCAAUAACGAUGAAGAACUUUUUGUUUUUCUCCUCUCCACCCGUGCUGGAGGGCUAGGAAUCAACUUGACUUCUGCGAAUCAUAUCAUUCUUCACGACAUCGAUUUUAAUCCUUAUAAUGAUAAACAGGCUGAAGAUCGGUGUCAUCGCAUGGGUCAAAAGAAGGAGGUAUACGUCACUAGACUUAUCAGUAAAGACACUGUAGAGGCUGAUAUUCAUUGCCUAGCACGAAAAAAGUUGCAGCUCGAAAAGGCUGUUACAGAUGGAAUCAAAGGACAACUUGAAGAAAAUGACGAGACAUCACGUGGGUCGGCAGAGUCGAAAGAAGAGAAGCCAGACGAUGACACAUUGAACCAAUUGCUCAGUAGUGCCCUUAAACGGAAGUCAACAGCUGGUUCGUCGUGA